AUGAACAAAUUUUUGGAAUCCUUCAAGCCAGAAAUUUUAGUUGAACAGCGCGUAAAAGUGCAUGACCAACUAAUUACUACUCCCAUUUCUGCUGCUCUCAUUGUAACUGCCACUAUUAGAACUAAUUUUGCAACUACUACUAAAGUUCUCACCAGAAGAACAAUUACUGUUGAAGAAAUAGAACAGAAGCGAAACUAUCACUGCUAUCGUGCGCAACGGCAAAUUCCAUCGUUGAAGAUAUUAGAGUCAGUACUAUUUCCCUUAAUUAUUAUCUUCUAUAGUUUGGUAACAUCACUAUCAGCAGCUACCACAAAUCUUCCACCGACUGUCACAAGCCGUUUCAGUGAACAAGAAAUUCAACUUUUAAGGGAAGCGUUCUUGAGAAAAUUUGGAAUGAAAGAGCAGCCAAAACAAAUCAAGCCAACGAUACCGGUUCCAUACUAUAUGUGGAGUAUUUAUGAAAAUGUGAAGAAGGAAGAUAUAGCUUGGGUUCGACAUUAUUAUCCACAUAGUAUUAUGGAAUUAGAUAAUAGUACCCUGCUACUUCAAUAUGAUCUAUCGGUUACUGUACGAAAUAUCACCAAUGAGAUAGUUAAUCGAGCAGAACUGAAACUAAAAUUGCGAAAUGAGAAUAAUCGAAAACAUAUCAAGAUUUAUGAAGUUGAUCAGAGAAAUUCCGAAAUAUGGAGGUUAAUCGAUGCUAAGUUUAUUGAGAGUGAUUUUCGGGAAAAUUACCAAUGGGUAGAAAUGGAUGUCACAGAAGCAAUACGUAGGAAACGACCGGAUAUGAAUAAAAUUGAUUUCGCUAUGAAAUUAUCGAGCAGUCUUUUGACAACAUAUGCUAGCACAUCACAUCAGCCAACAUCAUAUUCCAUCUCGCCGUACGAUUGGAAGCAAGCCUCUGCACUGGUCAUUUAUGUUCAAACUGAUGACACUGCCAGGGUGCGAAAAAAACGGAAAGCAAAUACGCGACGACGACAUCAACAUAAAAAACACGAUCAUAGAUCAACUAACAAAAAUUACUGUCGCCGUACCCAACUUUUAGUUGAUUUUAAUGAGUUGAACUGGCAGGAUUGGAUUUUGGCUCCGUCAAGCUAUAGUGCCUACCAAUGUCAGGGUGAAUGCCCGAAUCCGCUGACUAGCCAUUUCAACACGACGAAUCACGCCAUAGUACAAGGCCUUAUCAACUCAGUGGAUCCAAGCCUAGUGCCAGCCCCAUGUUGUGUCCCAACUGAAAUGGAAUCUCUAGCAAUCCUUUAUAUCGAUGUUGAAGGUAAAAUUGUCAUCAAGAACUAUCCCGAUAUGGAAGUACUCAGUUGUGGAUGCCGAUAG